AUGGGUUAUCAAGGUUUUUCUGUCAGUUGUUCCAUUAAUAACGAAAUUUUCGUUCAUGGCGUAAUUCCUAUUGAAAAGAAAUUGUUAGACAGUGGCAGACCAUAUCUAUCACAAACAAUUAUUCGCCAUGUAAGUGAACAUAUCGGAGAAUCAAGGGUUACGACUCAUUAUAGAAGUUUGCCUCGUACAAACUGUGAUCAUGUCCCUAUUAAAGGUCCGGAUAGCGUGCCUGUCUUCAAUCCACAAACAGAUAAUGGUGGCUGUUUUAUAACGAAACAAUCAAAGAACAAUUGCUACGCAUACGGUACCGAUAUUGUCACAAACACUUAUCCUCAACCAGGUCGCUAUAGUGGAAAGAAUCCAUCAUCACUUACAUGCGAAUCUCUGAGAAAUGCUUCUAUUCGAGAUGGCUUGAUUUAUAAGGGUACAACAUUUCCAUUUGGUCAACCAAAAAGUGGUCACUAUGUUGCUCUAUACAUUUGGCCGCAAAGAGAUUAUCACUGGAUAAGAAAGGAUGCAAAUGGGUAUUGGUCACACAAACCGGGACCUGGACCCGUUACAAAUAGGGACAACAUGGGUUCAUUGAUCUCUAACCCAUUAAAAUCCAAUUUUGCUCCAUGGACAUUAUUCUGCGCAUAUUAUAUUGCACAGCCAUCAAAAGUUCAUAUCAAAUAA